AGAGUUGGACAUAAUUGAACAAUCACAAGUGUGAUUUAGCAGAAAGAGCACUGGACUAAUCACCAGGAGGUAAUUGUAAGCAAGGGUGAUUGUUCUGUCUGGACAUCAGUACAGUGAAAAGAACCCUGUCCCCGGCCUAGAUCUUACCAUUACAAGCCAUAUAUGCUUCAACCAGUUAUUUCUCUUUGGGCCUCAGUUUCUCCAGCUGUAUAAUGAGGCAGAUGGGAGCAAUGAUUUCUUAAAGGCUCCCAUCAGCUCUAACCUUCUGUGAUCUCCUACGAUGAAGGGGAUGGAACGGAUAAUGUCCAAGGCUCCCCCAUCAGUGCUAACCUUCUGUGAUCUGCUCUGCUGCUGCCACUAAAUUUAUUUUCCUUGCCAAAGAAUUUAUGGGGCUCUGAUUUGGUCAGCCUUUGCCUUCUUCAGCAGCUGGUUUCACUCUGACUGUUAAAGGCUGUGCUCAGUUAAAAUCACCAGGGCAGGGUUUCCCCCUCUGGCACCCCUCAGGAAAAGCUUUUUCUGCCUCUCUGUGUUAAAUGAGUAAAUGCCUACUGCCGAGGGCUCCUUCGAAAGAGCUCUCUUCUGUUUGAUGGCUUACUUAUUUAGUCUCUACAUUCCUGUUCCCUCCAGACUUUCCUCAGCUUGCUGGAUUCCACUCUAAUAAACCUUGGAUUAGGAAAAGAGAAAACCAGUUCCUGGCUGAAAACCAUCCCUUCUACCAUAAUGAGCUCUGAAUGUGAAGUCGAUAUUUCCAAAACAGUGGUAAAUGGUCUGACUUCAACCAGUAAUGGUCAAGAAAAAGCUACUGACGACCCUUUACGUGCACGCUCUAUUUCUGCUGUUAAAAUAAUUCCUGUGAAGAAAGUGACAAAUUCUUCUGGCCUAGUCCUCCCUACAGACAUGGACCCUACCAAGAUUUGCACUGGAAAAGGAAUGGUGACCCUCCGGGCCUCUUCCACACACAGGGAAUCACCGAGUGCCAGCCCUGUGAGCCCCCAGGAGACCGUGCAAUCCGAAAGUAAACCAGGUCUGGAGCCAGAAAAUUUCCCUACAGAUGAGUGGAGAUUGUCCUCGAGUGCGGAUACAAACGGAAACGCCCAGCCCUCCUCCCUGGCGGCCAAGGGCUACCGAAGUGUCCAUCCCAAUCUUCCUUCUGACAAGUCACAGGUUUCUUCCUCUUCGUGCCCUCCUCUUCCAAAAGAGCAAAGCUUUGCAUGGCGACCACACACUGAAGCUAAGGUUUGCUCCUCACCAGUGCCCUUCAAGGACUGUGUGUACCUGAGCUCCCCGAAGCCUUACCUGGCCCAGCAGCGCGCCCCCUUCCCCCCAGCUGUGCCUUCCUCCCAGGAGGCCAGAGUCACAGCCGACGCUGGCCGGGCAUUCUCGCCUAGUAGCUCCAGAUUCCCUGACGCGUCCUCCCGAUACCAGAGCUCCUGGGAGGCUUCCAGGGCAGAAGAUAGCCCUAAUGUGAGCUCUAAUCCCGGUCAUGAGGCAGGAAGGGAUAAAAAAAAGGUCAGCAGCUUAUAUGUCCCUUGUUUAUCCAACAACACCGGCCCCGUUGCAUCUGAGAAAUCCCUCAGGCUUGCAUGUGACCCACCCCGAAGCAGCCUCGUGGAAGAGCAGGUCACCCAAGCUCCGGCUUUUGGCGUUGGGUCCUCCUUGUCCGGUGCGGGACCAUCACGCCUUGCUCCCCUUCCCGCUCCUCCCCAGCUGUCCUUUAACAGUAGAGAUGGACUUAGCCAGGGGGAAAGUCCUCCUCUGGGGACCGAGUCUCCUCUCCCAGAAGCAGUGAGACCACCUGUGCUAAGUGCCCAGAUUCCUUUGGGCCGAGAGACCCCGAAGAAAAAAGAACCCUGCUUUCCCCGACGGUGGUAUCCAGCCAAGGACGCUACUUCCUCCAACACAGCCCAGCCAGGGAUUAUAGUAGUCCCUCUGUACCUGGUUCACACGGACCAAGGGCAAGAAGGCGCUUCCAGAACACCUCCACCUCCCCUGGUGGCCCUGGACCAAAUUGCCGCCUUCCCCGUGACCGCCUCUGCUGGCGAGCCUCUGACCUUUCCGACUUUAGAUGAUUUCAUUCCCCCUCAUCUGCAGAGGCGAUCCCACCAAAACCAGCCAGCCAGCCCUUCUGGCUCAGGGCCCCCCGUUAGCCAAACAGCACCAUCACUCUCUCCACCUCCUCCUCCACUGGUCCCUCCAGUCCCGGAGGCUCUGCACAGAAUCUCGAAGCCCGACCUCCCUGGAGCGGUCUCAAGUACAGGUACAGAUUCUCUGGUAAAUGAAGUUUCUUCACCCCGCAUUGGGACUGAUUCCCAGAUUUUCCCACCAGUCAGCAAGCCUUCAUCUGCUUACCCUUCCACUACCAUCGUUAAUCCCACUAUUGUGCUUCUGCAACACAAUCGAGAACAACAAAAGCGCCUUAAUAAUCUAACAGAUCCCGUACCAGAGAGAAGGAAUGAAGAGAAAGUAGACUCAGCACCAACGUGGGAGAAAGGUGUUCAGCUUAACACACGACCAGACAAAACAGUAAAGGAUGAAAGUAGAAAAUUGGUUAAGAGCCCUCAGUGCCUAAGUGAUGGUUCCAUGGAUGAAGUAGGCAUCCCACUAAGGAACACUGAGAGAUCCAAAGACUGGUAUAAGACAAUGUUCAAACAGAUCCACAAACUUAAUAGAGACACUCCUGAAGAAAAUCCUUAUUUCCCCACCUACAAAUUCCCAGAACUUCCAGAAAUCCAGCAAAAAUCUGAAGAAGACAAUCCUUAUUCUCCUACCUACCAGUUUCCUGCAUCUACUCCUAGUCCUAAAUCAGAAGAUGAUGAUUCAGAGCUCUACUCCCCUCGAUACUCAUAUUCUGAAGACUCAAGAAUUCCUUUUUCGGUGCCUCGCUCAAAAAGUGAGAUGGAAUACAUCGAAGCGGAGAAGGUGGUCAAGAGGUCUGCCACGCUGCCCCUACCCUCUCGCUCUACAUCUUUGAAAUCGAGCCCGGAAAGAAACGACUGGGAGCCCCCAGAUAAGAAAGUGGACACUAGAAAAUACCGUGCAGAACCUAAAAGUAUUUAUGAGUAUCAGCCGGGCAAAUCUUCAGUUCUGACAAAUGAAAAGAUGACUCGGGAUAUAAGCCCAGAAGAGAUAGAUUUAAAGAAUGAACCUUGGUAUAAAUUCUUUUCGGAAUUGGAGUUUGGGAGACCGCCUCCAAAAAAGAUAUGGGAUUAUACUCCUGGAGACUGCUCUAUCCUUCCUAGAGAGGAUAGAAAGAGUACAAGAGUCAGCCCCACUCCAGAAACAACUGCUGAGCGUUCUGCCUACUCAUAUUCACCCAAUAUCCAUGCAGUGAAGAGAGAGUCAGAGAUGGCUCCAGGGGAUUCCACUGGUUUGGAGAAUGAAAGACAGAUUUAUAAAAGCGUUUUGGAAGGCGGAGACAUUCCUCUCCAGGGAUUAAGUGGUCUCAAGCGACCCUCUAGCACUGCUUCCACUAAAGAUUCAGAGUCACCUCGGCACUUCACCCCAGCUGAAUACUUGGAAACUACUGAAGAUUUUAUUCGAAGGCGUCAUGAUGACAAAGAGAAACUUUUAGCGGACCAGAGACGGCUUAAGCGCGAGCAAGAAGAAGCUGAUAUUGCAGCUAGACGGCACACGGGUGUUAUUCCAACCCACCAUCAGUUUAUCACUAAUGAGCGGUUUGGGGACCUCCUAAAUGUAGACGAUACAGCAAAGAGGAAAUCUGGGUUAGAGAUGAGACCUGCCAGAGCCAAAUUUGACUUUAAAGCUCAGACGCUAAAAGAGCUUCCUCUGCAGAAAGGAGAUAUUGUUUACAUUUAUAAGCAGAUUGAUCAGAACUGGUAUGAAGGAGAACAUCAUGGCCGCGUGGGGAUCUUUCCACGGACGUACAUAGAGCUUCUUCCACCAGCAGAGAAGGCGCAACCCAAAAAGAUGGCACCAAUACAAGUUUUGGAAUAUGGAGAUGCUGUGGCUAAGUUUAACUUUAAUGGAGACACCCAAGUGGAGAUGUCCUUCAGAAAGGGAGAGAGGAUCACGCUAAUUCGACAGGUUGAUGAGAACUGGUAUGAAGGGCGAAUCUGUGGGACUACUCGACAAGGCAUCUUUCCCAUCACGUAUGUGGAGGUGAUCAAGCGACCACUGUUGAAAAACCCAGUAGAUUACAUCGAUCUGCCAUUCUCUUCUCCAAACCGCAGUACAACCGCUUCUCCCCAGUUUCCAAGUCGUGGCAAGUGCCACUCCCCAGCACCCCAAUCUCUGCCUUAUUCACGUCAGGUGUUGUCUCCUGAGAUGCAGGCCAUCACCUCUGAGUGGAUCUCCCUGACUGUAGGGGUUCCAGGCAGAAGUACUCCAGCUGUGACCCCACCAUUGCCCCCUCUGCCAGAAACCUCUCUUUAUAACACUGAAUACUUUACUUCCUCAGCCAUGGCCAGCCCCACCCUUUCAGUAAGCCUUCCCCAUUCUAGUAUCUCCGAUCGCUCUAGUCCAAGCCUUUGGGUUUCUCCGUUCCCUCCUAACCCUCACAGACCAUCUUCUACCAUCCAUAAUGUCAGUACUAGCCUUCAGUCAAAUGAAGAGAAUAUUAUGUCCUCGCCAUCCCCCGGGGUUAAAUGGGAUACCUUCUCCCAGCCGCAGCUCGGGAACUCCAAUAGUGUUAUCUCUGAGCUUAGCGACGCCAUUAGCAAUCAAGCCAAGUUCCAACAGUGGCAAGAAGAAAAUAGACAGUGUUCCAAGAAGCCUCAUCAAGAGGCAAGUGAGCAUUGUCCCGAUGGAUCCAGGAUCUCUAAGAGGAGCUGUUUGAAGCCAUCCGACCUAGUCAAAUGUAUGAGCCCAGAACAGAGACUCUUUGAUAACACCCUUAGGGAAAGUCACUCCUGCCAACAUCUUCUCAGCCCCCUUCACAGAAAUGAGUCUGAGCAAAGAGAUCCCAGUGCAGGGGCCAAGCUCGCUGAUCCGAGAGAGAAUCAGAAUGGUGUGAGACAGCUUUCACAUCAUUCAUUGAGCACAGGACCAGAUCUCACAGAGUCUGAAAAGAGCUACGUGCAACCUCAAGCCCAGCAGCGCAGAACCACCUCUGACAGAAGUCAGAACCUACAGGAUUUAUAUAGCUACCAAGCAUUAUAUAGCUAUAAACCACAGAAUGAUGAUGAGUUGGAACUCCGAGAUGGAGAUAUUGUGGAUGUCUUGGAAAAAUGUGAUGAUGGUUGGUUUGUUGGUACUUCCAGAAGAACAAGACAGUUUGGUACUUUUCCAGGCAACUAUGUAAAACCUUUAUAUUUAUAAGAAGCCUGAGAACCUGUGAUUGUUUUUUUUAUUGGUGGAUGAAACAGAACACAAAGCAAUCUCUUUAUCUCAAUGUUGAAUCAAUAAGUCGGUUAGUGCAAGGAUGAAGUAAGAAGUCUUAGAGUGACUUGGGGAAGUGUUGGGUUUAAAGUAUGAGCCUCCUAGGGCUUUGGCUCAUUAACAGGCUUCAGCAAAUGUUUUUUGAAUGAAUGAAUGUAUGUGUGUACGAAUGAGCUAUGACCCAGCUGUUUGCUGGGUAACUAGAAGCAAGCCAGACUUCAAGUUUACAUAACUGCCUUGUUAAACCCUACUAGUCCUCCUUCUCACCCUCCUGUGGUGAGUUGACAUGGAACUGAAGGAAAGAAGCAAGUAGCCCCUCAUCUUCUGUGUUUGGAGGACAAUUCAGUUCUAGCCCAGUCCUGGGAGUGUUGAUCUAAAUUGUGGGAACCUGAGGAAUUCAUUUGAUCUGAUCAGAGAAGACCCAAAAAAGCCAGAUCUAAUCCAGUUUUGUUUUUUUUUUUUUGGGGGGGGGGGGAAUCCAAUCUUUAUUGGGUUUGGGAAACUGGUUUGAUCAGAAACUGCUAAACUUCCCCCAACCUAUGGCCUCUCUAAUCUGCCGCAGAGCAGGUUUAGAAGGCUGGCCAUUUGAAUGCUCCCAAACUCAUCAGACCGGACUUUCCAGGGCUAUUCUGGACUAUAGUGACAUUCUUAGGCUGCCCCAACUUGGAUCCACACUCUUGGGGUAAGGGGAGGGGUAGUGGAAAUAAGGUACCAUUUGAUGUGGGACUGUACUCUUUCACCCCCAUCAGCACCAUAUAUCCCAGUGUUCUGACAAUAAAGCAUGUUACAUUUACUUGUGAGAGUUGGAGGAAGUAGAUCAGAGGAACAAGUUGGAUUUGCAUCUGGUUAAUGUAAAUUUGAUCUAUAGCUUAUUGGGAGAACAUGCAACCAUGUCACUAUCCAUAUAUACAUACACAUGUGUAUAUAUUCUUGGAAUUUUUACUAGGUUACCUUCAGAGAGACCGAGUUUUAAUUUGUUUCCUUACCAUCACCGAUGUUUCCAGCCACACCAUAUGUCAAUCACUGAAAUGUGCAAGAAUGUCUUACAGAAAGCAAAGAAUUGCAUUCAAAGGAAACUUUCAAAGUUAUUUUGAUUUAAGUACAUCAAUCAAAAAUCACAUGGGUUAAACUUGUUCUCAGAGCAGAGAGAAUAGUUAAAGUUAAAGAACUUGUAUUCUCUGCCUGGACCAGAGUUUCUAGUCCCUCUGCAUGAAUAGGAGGAGUUAAUUCCUCAGAGCCAGAAUCAGGAAGGGAGUCAUCCAAUCACUACAUUUGUACCAGGCAGCCAAUGACUGUGGGUGCAUAAGUGAGGGCUAACAGAAACACUUGUGUGAAGGGGUUCAGCCUUGGAAAUAGAGUAACAUGUCCUUGAGUUGGCCCAUCUGGACCUCCAGGUACAGGUGGGUCCUGGUAUUAAAGCAGUUGCAGCAGUGAGUGUAAAUAGAGUAAGCUUCAGCUCUCUGGAUAUAUACAGUCACUUCUUCAUUACAUUAGGCCUCUGUGUACUCUGUUGCGCCACAGUUUUAUUUUUUGCCCCAUAUCCUCAGACAGAAAGUAUCCAGGGUAAAAUUGGGAGGAGAUAAAUAUUACCCAUUUUGUACCCUAUUCCAUACCUCAGUGAUGACUUCUCACCCACUAGGGCCCUAGUACACCUCCUCUAUCUUUCACCCUAACAGAACCUGUUCUCAGGAAUGAAUCUGACAAACUUAUGCCCAAUGACAUAUAAAUGACCAAUCUAUUGCCCCUUCCAAGGAAAUUUGCACUUUAAGAAGGCACAAAGCCUUAAUCAAAGGAAUGAAGCUCUCAUAGGGAAACCAGAAUUGGUAGGGGAGAAAUUACUGGGCAAGGGGAACCCUUUUGAUGCCUCAGAAGUCAUAUCACAUGGGCAGCCACUGCCACCAGAUAGUAGGACUACUUUUUUUGGCAUCUUGCUCUCUGCAGGGAAUUUAGUAAAAGCAUAUGUGUGUAUAUGUGCACAAGCACCCGCAUGUCCAUUCAUUUCAGCACUAUGGCGUUAGAAUUCACUUUGAAGUGGAAGUCUUGCAUUGAAUAACUAUUUUCCUGGUCUGUUUUGGAUGCAGACUGUUACUGAUAAAAUAUUAGACCAUAGCUUUUAAGGGGGGGGGGGGAAUGGGUGCUUCUCCAUUAGAUAGCUAACUUCAAACACCUCUAGGAAUACAGCUAGAGAAUCAAACCAAUUUAUAAAGCUUCAUUUUACACAUAAUGCCAGUGACAUAUAUUUGUACAUCUCUGAAACCUCCAUUUUAACUCCCAUAUUUUCCCAUAUGUUUAAUAAUAAGGAAAAAAAUCCAAAAAAAUGCAUCAAAUUUCUGCUUCCUACAUAUCACAGAACAAGUAGCCAAAAGUUCUAGUGGCUACUUUGUCUUGAGACAUUUAGGAAUAUAAAAUACUUAUUUUUAUGCUUACAAUGUUUAUACAGGUUUAUUAACAGCAAGUACACCUAAUUGAUAGCAUGACUUGCAAUACAUUUUGAUAUCUUUCCCAUGCUUUGGGGUCUAAAACCAAUAUCAACUAAAAAACACUUAUCUUUUGCAGUCUCUCUGGGAUCAGUAAAAAAAAAAAAAAGAAAGAAAAGAAAUCACAUCCUCAAGAAGUGGGACUGUACAUAUGUAUAUUUGUAUAGACCAUGUACUUACCUUGUAUAGAAAAAAUAAUUUUAACAAUUUGAAUGAAAGGAAGACAGUAAGGAAGUCAUUAAAGUUUUUUUUUUGCAUUUUUAUUUAAAUGAAGGAAUUCCAAGUUAACCCCUAUGAAUUUUUUUUUUUUUUUAGCACAAGAAGACACUUGUAAAAUGUUACAGCUUUUAAAUCAUCAUUAUGGGGGAAAGGGCAAUAACUCUGAUCCUCAUUUAUGAAUUUAAAAAUUUUUUCCUUUGCAGUCUUGUUUCCCCGCAGUAAUAUUUAGUCCUGUUGCUAGACUAGAUUAAUAUGCAAAUUAUAUCAUGAAAGAAAAAAUAACUGACUUUCUAUGUAACCAGUUAAUUUAAAGGAUUGCCACUGAAACAACACACAGAGAGCAUGUACUAUACAGACACAGAUCUUGUGUUCAUUUAUUUUUCUUUAUUGCAGUGGACUAUGGUUUAUUUGAUAAUAAAUAGACGUGUUGAAUUACUGCUACAUUUCCUGUACAGACUAUUUAAUAAACCUUAUUCCAAUUUGCGUGGUA